AUGGAUCGGCCAUACACCAUCCGUCGCGUCCGCCGAGUCUUGAAUGCAAAGGCCUUCACCGACACGAUCGGUUUCAGGGACUCGCUGCAGCCCGACGAUCUCAAGGGAUUCUGGAAGGGGGUCAACUCGAAGGCAUUGACGGCGAGGGAACGCGAGGUGUGGUUCAAGCUCGUCAGGAACUUCACCCCGACUCGGAGUCUGCAGUUUCAUCAAAAGCACGACGACUCGCCCGCGUGCCUCGUCUGUGGAGCGCCCAAGGACGAUCGGGAGCACUACUUCUUCGACUGCGUUGACUCUAGGAACGUUUGGAUCGCGGCAAGGGGCGUGCUCUGCGACGCACUGGGGCUCGACACGAUCGACAACACGUAUUACACGGCCGUUCAACGCAUGUUCGGACUUCCGAAGCUCAAGGCCAGUCUGCGCGAUCAGGAAGGAGCGGGGAGGACGAUCGAAAUAUUGACCGGGCUGGUCUUGGAGAUGAUCAGCAGCGGGAGGUGGGGGAUGCAGAAGUGGGGGACGAGGCUGGAGGGUGUUGGGAGGAGGAGGAUCAUCUUGGAGGAGAGGUUGAAGCUGAGGGCGGGAGGAGCUUGGGGGAGGAGAGGGCAGUAG